AGAAUGCUUGUGAGCGGCCUAUGUUCCUUCAUGAGGAGUAACAGGCGUAAGUAAGUAACAUAAUAAUAAUUAAGAUCGUUUAUUAAGGUUAAUUCGGCCGAUGAAGAGGUAGAGGUAUUAUAAAUUCCUUAUGGAUACAAAGGCUUGGAUAAAUGUACCGCUUACUAUAAGUGAUGAUUGGUUUUUCUUUAUUCACUUAUUGUAUUUUGUUGAUUAGUGAGGUUAUUAAACCAACUAAACGAUAAUAUAUUAUUACGAUGUUUCAUACACAUAGUUCCCUUUAUCAUUUUGAAAAGACCAAGAACAAAGAUUCUAGCAGAAUAACAUGAAUUCAUUUUAUUUCGUAGGUUCUCGUCAGCUGCUUACAACCUGUGGUAUUUAAAAAGAUAAUAAUUAUAUAAUGGGUUUUGAAUUGCUCACAUGAGAGGGUUUAUAUUGAAGAAAUAUUCGUAAAGUAUGACAUGGGUGUAAAUCAAAUAUUGUAAACAUAUACCUAAUGUGAAAGAAUAUUCUAGAUCAUUAAUUGUGACAACAGUUCAAAAAUGGGUUAGAAACAAUUGAUUACAUAAUGAAUAAACAUUGAUAGGAACAUAGUGAGUAGAGUUCAGUUGAAAGACUAUUAAUUUUUAAAGAUAGUUGAAAAAAUAAAAUCAAUGAUGUAAUAAAUAUAUAAGAUAAAAAUUUAAAAAAAAAUUAAGCUGCAGCGGAAGAAUAUUUGUCACCAAGGCAGGGAAAGAUUAACAAUCAUCUCCUUUUGAACACAUAAAUCAGGUUUUUGGCGCCUGAUAGCAACUGCUUCAGCAAACUUCAGAAGACUGGAGUUUGGCUGCUUACUAAUCACCUUGGAUGAUUGUAGGGUGUCAACCUGAUGGCCUGUGUCAAGGAGAUAUUUGGUGAUUGUACUACUUAGAGUCUUUCUCUUUCUUGUUCUGAGACUUUUUGGAACAUGUUCAAAAAAUCUGAGAUAUGCCCUCCUCUCUGUUCGGCCAAUGUAGCUGCUUUGGCAGGUACAUGCCAAUUUAUAAAUACAAUUGGCGGUAACAUGAAAAGGAUGCUUAUCAACCUUUGAUUGAGUUAUUGAACAUGUUGUUUUAUACAGAAUUUGAAGUUUGGCCACCGGAUAGGUUCUGGCUAGCGCAGUAUUGAGUCUCCUGUUGAUUGUGUUAGCAACAUCAUCACCUUUGAAGUUAAGACUUAUAGUUAUUGGUUUUUUAUUGACAGUAAUUACUUUAAUAUUAUUUUCUUUACGCUUUUUAGAUUUGUCAAUAAAAUUUUGUGGGUAAUAGUUGUCUCGUAGGCAUUUUUGCACGUUCAUCAAUUCUUCUUCCAGCGUAUCAGUGGUACAUAUCUUUUCUGCCCUAUAAAAUAGUGUUUUAAUUAAUGCUUUCUUGUAGCUGAGUGGUAUAUAUUUACAAUAUCCAGCCUAUUAAUUUCAUUUACACCCAUGUCAUACUUUACGAAUAUUUCUUCAAUAUAAACCCUCUCAUGUGAGCAAUUCAAAACCAUUAUAUAAUUAUUAUCUUUUUAAAUAUCACAGGUUGUAAGCAGCUGACGAGAACCUACGAAAUCAGAAUGAAUUCAUGUUAUUCUGCUAGAAUUUUUGUUCUUGCUCAUUAGGAUGUUUAUUUGCAUUUUUUAUGUUUGGCUCAAUGUUCAGUUAUCAGUCACUUAAAAAUGCUUUUUAUUGUUUGAAAUUGAUAUUAUGUAAUCAACAUGUAUCCUUGAUUUUGUCGAUGUUUAUUAUUACAGUCGUCAUGUAUACUUCAAAUGAAUACCGUCGACGUUAAUCUAUUUCGUUUUUUCUAUUACCUUUGCCCGCUAAAAGUAGUACAAUGUGAAAUAAGUUAUGCUCUGAAUCUUAUUAUCCUGACACUCGUCAAAUGUUUCAUUUUUACCUUGUCUAAGUAAGAGAUAAUUUUUUAUGUAUUUCUUUCUUAAUUCGGCUAGUAUAUUCGCUUAAAGAGAAAGCAACUACCGAUAUUGUUAAUCAGUGUAGAAAUUUAAGAAGAAAUAUCGUUUAGGCGUUAAAAUAAUGGGAUUUUAAAUCUAGUCGAUAAUUGUCGGAUUAUUAUAGAGUAUUUCAAUUCUGAAAUUUUACCUACUGAUCUCAUAUCAGUGUGAUUCAAUUCCAGCUUUGAAUUCCUUUUUAACAGUUACUGAAUAGUUUAAUUAGUUGGUAUAUUAUGAUUUCUUUCAUGACUAAUUAUUAUCUUCCAGGAUCUUUCGAAAUCACCGUGAAUG